GUUAUCAGAGAGGUUAGAGCAAUGGCAGCGGUGAACUGCCUCUUCUUCAAGCUAUCACAUUCACGACAUCUCAAACCCUCAAGGCCUUCUUUUUCUUGCUCCGCCUCACAACCUUCCCAAAACAACAUAAAGGUAAUCAUAAACGGAGCUGCAAAAGAGAUAGGAAGAGCCGCUGUGGUUGCUGUGACUAAAGCCAGGGGAAUGGAGUUAGCUGGUGCCGUCGACAACCAUUUUCUUGGCGAAGAUAUUGGCUUGCUAUGUGACAUGGAGGAGCCUCUAGAGAUACCAGUAGUGAGUGAUCUAACAAUGGUCUUAGGCUCCAUAUCUCAGGGAAAAGAAGUAGGAGUUGUGAUCGACUUUACAGACCCAUCAACAGUGUAUGAGAAUGUAAAACAGGCAACUGCGUUUGGGAUGAAGAGUGUGGUGUAUGUACCUAGGAUCAAGCCAGAGACAGUAUCAGCGUUGUCUGCAUUAUGUGACAAGGCCACCAUGGGAUGCCUUGUAGCACCAACUCUGUCCAUAGGAUCUAUACUUCUCCAGCAGGCUGUGAUCAUGGCUUCCUUCCACUACAACAAUGUAGAAAUCGUGGAGUCAAGGCCGAAUGCAUUGGAUCUUCCUUCUCCAGAAGCUACACAAAUUGCAAACAACAUAUCAAAUCUUGGUCAGAUCUACAACAGAGAAGAUAGUUCAACUGAUGUUCAGGCAAGAGGUCAAGUAAUAGGAGAAGACGGGGUUCGUGUUCACAGUAUGGUUCUACCUGGACUACCGUCUAGUACACAAGUCUACUUCUCAAGUCCAGGAGAUGUUUACACAGUUAAACACGACAUACUUGAUGUAAGGUCCCUAAUGCCUGGACUACUUCUCGCUAUCAGAAAGGUGGUACGCCUCAAGAAUUUGGUUUAUGGCCUCGAGAAAUUCCUGUAGGAACUGAAGUGUUCCGCCAGUCAUCAAUCAAGAUACGAGUCAAAUGUUACAAUUAUCAAUCAAGAUUCUUGUAGCUCAUGUCAUCCUGCAAGUCAUAAGAAGGAAAACACAUUAAAAAAUAAAUUAUAGAAAUAGGUUUGAUAUUUCCUUUCAUGAUAAUACAUACGGAUAUUCAUUUUUA